GUUCCCUUUUAAAUAACCCUCACAGGUUUAGAAGUAAAUCAUAGAUGGCAUGCAGAGAGUCUUAUGACGUUUCAUCGAGACUGAGGUCAGUGUAAUUAAGUCUUGACAAAGACUAUUCAUAGUAGUUUUAUAGCACAAAAUAGACAAAAUGGACUCAGGAAAUACAGAGUAUCAUGUACAGAGAGAGAUUAUAGAUGAACAGAGGCUGAAAGAGCGAUCUCAGAGAAUGGACCCUUCCCAGAUCAACCUUCCCAUCUCUCAUCGGCUGAAGAAAUCACUCAGCUGUUCUACACCCAGACUGAAACGUAGCAUAGUUGGUUUCUUGCCUGUUCUGUCCUGGUUGCCCCGUUACUCCAUCUGGGAUUAUGGCAUGCCAGACCUUAUCUCUGGCAUCAGCGUGGGCAUCAUGCACCUUCCACAAGGAAUGGCCUAUGCUUUGCUAGCCUCGUUGCCUCCAGUAUUUGGACUCUACACAUCCCUCUAUCCUCCGUUAAUUUAUUUUAUUUUUGGGACCUCCAGACACAUAUCUAUAGGCACAUUUACCAUCCUCAGUAUUAUGAUUGGAAGUGUGACAGAGAGACUGGCCCCAGAUUCAGAUUUCCUUAUUUACAACGGCACUAAUGUGACCGAGGAGGUGGAUAUUAUAUCUAGAGACUUCUACAGAGUGCAGGUUGCUGCUGCUGCCACUGUACUGGGAGGACUUAUUCAGGUUGUAUUAGGCUUGGUGCAGUUUGGGUUUGUUGGUACGUAUCUCUCAGAGCCCUUGGUCAGAGGUUAUACUACAGCUGCCUCAGCUCAUGCUGUAGUAGCCCAGUUAAAGUACGUCUUUGGAGUCUCACCUAAGCGUUUCAGUGGACCUCUGUCUAUCGUCUAUACUUUAGCUGACUUGUGUAUGCUGUUGCCAGAAACUCAUCUCCCAACUCUACUGGCCAGUGUUGUGUCCAUUGUGGGUCUCAUCACUGCCAAAGAGCUUAACACUGCGCUCAGGAAAAAACUACUGGUGCCUAUUCCAGUAGAGCUGUGCACUAUUGUAGUGGCAACAGUAAUAUCAUUCUACACUCGGCUGAAUGAAACCUAUAAGAUAUCAGUCGUUGGUGAUAUUCCAAGUGGACUUCAGCUUCCCAGCAUUCCAAUUGCCAAUGUCUUUUCUGAGGUGGUGUUGGACGCUUUUGCCAUGGCCAUUGUUGGUUAUGCAAUUUCUAUUUCGUUGGGCAAAACCUUCGCUCUCAAACAUGGUUACAAAGUAGACAGCAACCAGGAGCUGGUGGCUUUGGGUCUCAGUAAUACAGUUGGAGGAUUUUUCCAGUGUUUUUCAGUUUGUUCUUCAAUGUCUCGGAGUCUCAUUCAAGAAAGCACAGGAGGCAAGACACAGAUCGCUGGAGUAGUGUCUGGUGUAAUAGUACUGGUGACAAUACUAAAGUUAGGCUCACUUUUCCAAGAGCUGCCCAAGGCAGUUCUUGCUGCCAUUGUACUUGUGAAUCUGAAGGGAAUGUUCAAGCAGUACUAUGACAUUGUCACACUAUGGCGCAGUAGCAAGAUUGAUCUGUUGAUAUGGUUGGUGACAUAUGUAUCCACUGUGCUCUUUAAUUUGGAUAUGGGUCUGGGUGCCUCGAUGGGUUUUGCUCUGCUCACUGUUAUCUUCAGAACUCAACGGCCCAGUUACUCACUGCUGGGACACCUCCCUGGCACUGAGCUGUAUCUAGAUAUGGAGACACACGAGGAGGUGAGGGAGGUACCAGGUAUCACUAUAUUCCGCUCUUCUGCCACCAUGUAUUUCGCUAAUGCUGAACUUUAUCUUGAAGCCCUUAAAAAAAAGAGUGGCCUGGACAUCGGGAAAAUGCUCAUCUAUAAGCGCAGGCAGGAGGCCAAGCAGAGACGGAGAGAGAGGCGAGCAGAGCGAAGAGCCCGAAGAGAGGCUAAAAGACAGAAAAGAGCUUUCAGGGAAGCCUCUCAGCGAUCCAGAAAAGCUGUAUUUUCAUUGGAAGAGGAAGUAGGGCAGAUGAAGGAAACAAAUGGAGACAUACACAGAGAGGUAGAGCUUGGCUGGAGAGAACGGGAAAAUAGUACUGUGUUUGUAAUACCCGAAGCAGUGAGGACAUCUGAUGGCCAUCAUACCUGGAUGUACCUUAAGGGCACUGACCCUGACACCGCCACCCUGGGGUCAGUGUCAGAUCUACAUGACGGGGACACCACCACUCUGGACUCCAGCAGCGAAGACACUUUAAGCCGGGACCUGGAGAGGGUUUCUCUGGGAUCCCUGGGGAAGUGGACCUGGGACAUCCAUUCUAUCAUAUUGGAUUUCUCUACUGCUAACUUUAUUGAUACAGUUGCCAUUAAGAUAUUAAGGAAUAUAUUCCACGAUUUUAGCGAGAUUGGCGUGGAUAUCUACUUGGCAGGCUGUCAGGCACUGGUGGUGGAACAGCUUGAACGUGGUGGCUUCUUUUCCGAUGUCAUCACUGAAGGACGUGUCUUUGCUACUGUGCAUGAUGCAGUUCUGUACUGUCUCAAACAUCGGGGAACUGAGAUCCUCCACAGCUAUGAGAAUGCUCUGGAUACGAGUGGGACCCGACUAUGAUAAAAGUCAUCUGAUUUCUUCUUCUACAAGCCAUUUUGAUUUUAUUAAAGCUAUAUAUAAAAAACACUCUUCAUUAAGUUGCAAAUAGAAUUUGGCCCAGGAGUUGACACUAAUGAAACAUGUUUUUCUCAUUUGAUUAUUUUUUUUCAUUCUAUGCAUUUAGCAGACACUUAUCCAAAACGACUUACAGUGCAUUCAGGCUUUACAUUUUUCCCUUUUUUACUAGUAAGUAUGUUCCUCGGGAAUUGAACCCAUGACCGUUUGCGCUGCUAACACAGUGCUCUACCACUGAACCUUUUUUUUUUUUUUUUUUACUAGUAAGGGAUUUUUGUGUAUUAUGCAGAUACCAUUUUAUGAGAAUUUGUUAGCAAAAUGACAAAUGUUAAAAUAAAAAAUACAAUGUAAGAUUGGUCGUUGGUUUUAAAGAAAACAAUUUCUGAUUGGUCAGUUUAAUUUAUUCGACAAAGUGAUUCUGUGCAUUUUAACAACAACAAUCCAACAAAUAAAUAAAAUAAGUUAACCUCAGUCAGUCUUUGGAUGCACUGCAAUUAACAAAGAGAAAACAUUACAAAAUAAAUGAUUGAAAUAAAAAUAAAUCAUACAGAUUGUGCAACUUUUACAUGCUUCUUUUCAGGAAAAUCUUAGAGGAAAUAAGUGUAAGAAACACACACUUUUAAUAUUUCUAAUUAAAUUAACCUGUAGUCUACUGACAGAACUAGUCAAUACUGAGUGUCCCUGCAGAUAACUUUCCUUUCAGUGAUUUAUAUGUCAGUGUAAAUGUCACUUCAGUAGAAAGCAAUAACAUAAUUUUUUUUCCCACACUCCUUGGCCAGUACACAUUACAUCCUCAAGCAUUUGUGAAGUUUGCUUUGACUCUAACGUUGGUUUAUAUGCUGCAAGUCACCAAAUUACCAAGUCAAAACAUGUACAGGGAAGAGCUACACAUCUCGUAUGCACUUCUAUUUACUAUCACUGCAUUAACAAUUAGCUGCGGUGUGUACCGCCUUUGGAAGUUACAGUAGAGUGUCAUUCUGUAUGUAAACAGACUUGUCGAUAUAUGGCUGCAUUCCCAUGAAAAAAUAAAUAAUAAUGCCUUCAGAUA